UAUAGCUACCACUUGUUCCACAAUUUCCCCUCAUAUUCUCUCUUGUGCACGGACAGCCUGUUUCGCUUCAUCUCUCCUUCCUCCUCUUCUCAAAUCUUCUAGCAGUUGCGAAUUAAUAACCAUUUCCAGCGUUCCACAUCUUUUCUAGAACAGCUACAGCCCGCCCUCAAAAUUACUUUGGAAAAGAAGAACGACAGAUGGGUGCUUGUGUUUCUUCUUCGUACUUGGGCCAUCAUGAAUCUCAUGAGCAGCUUCGUCCCAAGACCGCCAAAGUUAUUUCAAUUCAUGGUGAUCUUCGCGAAUACUAUCUUCCUGCCUUCGUUUCUCAAGUUCUUCGGUCUGAAAUUGCGUCCUCAUCUUCCUCUUCUUCAUCGUCCUCAUCUUGGUUCCUCUGCAACUCCGACCAUCUUUCAUACGAUGAAUACAUUCCUGUCUUGGCUUCGGACGUCCCUCUCCAUGCCGAUGAGAUAUAUUUUGUGCUUCCUAAUUCAAAGCUUCAGCGCAGGCUAGCCUCUUCAGAUAUGGCAGCUUUGGCUGUCAAAGCUAGCUUGGCCCUUCAAAACUCCUCUAAGAAAGGUGGUUCCCGUCGCGGCAAGAAGGCCCGGAUUUCUCCUGUAUUGUUGGUCAGUCCUGAUCAUGACCACCAGCAACAUAAUGUUAUCUAUCAGAAACGAAAACAUGAGCCACAGGUGCAGCGGGCCGCUGAUUCCGUUGCCAUUGGGUUUUCCAGAUCCGGUUCUGAUAGAAGUUUUAAGAAAUAUACUUCCAGACGAGCCAAAUUGGCUGUUCGUUCCUUUAAGCUUAGAUUAACCACCAUUUAUGAAGGGAUCGCUCUUAAUUAAUUAAACUUUCAUUUCUUAAUUUCUUUCCUUCUUACCUUGAUUACGAAGAGGAACGCAAUCCAAUUUUUGAAGAACAAAGAAAAAAACACCAGUAUUUUUUGUUGAU